AAGGCCCCUUGUCCUUGUCAAGGAGCCCCGCUCAUGUGCAACAUCUGCCUGUGGAGGUGAAGGGUUAUGCGUAACGGCGCCAUAGCCUGUGUUGGUGUGGAACAGGUAGGCGGGCCUUUCAGUGCUUCAUUGAUACCUAAGGCUUUUGUUGGUCAACGGUGAGCUAUCGAGGACGGUGAGCGCUGCCAGCAGGGGCCCGACGAGAUCUGAGGCGUUUGGCGAGCUGCGUACAAGAUGUCGAUUCUAUCUUACAAUGGCGGUGCCAUUGUGGCUAUGGUGGGAAAGAACUGCUUCGCGAUCGCUAGCGAUCGGCGUUUCGGUGUGCAGCUUCAAACGAUCGCCACUGAUUUUCAGCGUAUCUUCAAGAUUCACGACAGACUCUACAUCGGCUUGUCGGGGCUGGGAACGGACGUGCAGACCCUAUACCAGCGCUUGCAGUUUCGUCACAAGCUCUAUAGACUGAGGGAGGAGAGAGACAUGAAGCCAAAGACCUUUGCAAGCUUGGUGUCGGGAAUACUCUAUGAGAAGAGGUUUGGGCCAUACUUCUGUGAACCUGUCAUUGCUGGCCUUGACGACGACGGUAAACCAUUUAUCUGUACCACAGAUCUUCUUGGUGCAAAGCAAUUCUCCAGCGACUUUGUGGUCUCUGGCACAUCCUCGGAGUCACUCUACGGUGCAUGUGAAUCGAUGUUUCGGCCUGACAUGGAACCUGAGGAUCUAUUUGAGACCAUAUCUCAGGCGCUUCUUUCAUCUGUGGAUCGGGACUGUUUGAGCGGAUGGGGUGGCAUUGUUUAUAUUGUAACCCCUGAUGAGGUCAUCACGAGAACUCUGAAAGGACGCAUGGACUAAGAUGCUGCGACCCCCUUCUUGUCUCUGCUCAAUCGAAUGAUCGGAGCAGCUUUGCUUUGGGUAGUUGCAUUUCUUCUCGGAGCAGCUUUGCCUUGGGUCCUUGCAUUUCUUCUUCGAGCGCGUCAUUCGCCAUUCGCUAGCAAUAGUUUUUUUUUUUUUUUUUUUUUUUUUUUUUUUUUUAAUGAACGGAGGCGGCCCUGGAUGCUAUGUUUGCAAGCCUUCGGACAAUUUUCUGGCGGGCAGUUCAUUUGCAACUGGCUUUGACGCUGUGUACAAUUUUUUUUUGCAGUCUCUCUUAACAAAAUUGAGUCCCUGUUUCCCUGAAAGAGUUUUUAGAGGCAGGAGUCAGUGCUCGGUCUCUCUGCUAAUUAGAAGUGUGAGGAGGGUUACGGAGGCGGGAGUAAAAUGAGGGUGUGGGGAGUUAGUUCUGGAACCUUGUGUCGGCAUUGAAGAGAAUGUGUUAUGUUUCUUGGAUUCCUAAUUUUGUUGGAAAUGAGAUGUUGAAAUUGAAGAAUAUCUGACUGAAGAAUAUCUGGCCUGGCUUUUUGUGUUAAGUGUUUUGAUU